CCUAUUGUAAGGUCCCGUCUUACCUUAAAACUAAUGCAUUUACGUACUCUACCUAGGUAGUAGCUACCUACGUUCUACCAUCUAACCCUCAUAGCUAAAUUUUCUAGCUCUAUUCUUAUUUUUCGCUUCUCCUCUCUCUUGGUCCUUUUUUACAUCUCACAUUUCAAGUAACACGCUGCAUACUCAUAUUUAACCCCCUCCUGUUAUAAAGUAAUAUCAACCUCGAGUAUAUAUCUAGGAGGUAAACGAUCAUGAGUACUCCGUGUACUUUGGUCAAUUCGAUGAUCUGACCCGACGAUACGUAGAGCGACAUCCUUGCGCAAGGCAAAGGGUACUUCGAGAUUCCGCGCAGUUACCGCCGUUACCUAUGCCCUCGAUAGCCCGUCCUACAAGCUCGACUAUGUCGCCCGAAUCGUCAAGAGCUUUUCGAUAAAACUUGCAUUGUUGUUUGUUGGUGUAGUCGUGUUCAAAGACUACCUAGGUAUCCUUAGUUCCCGAUAUACAUGUCCAAGCAUCAGCCGCGCGCAAACUUCUCGGCCUCCUACUUCAGCCCCGUGCGGAUUAUACACCGCCUGUCUUUCGUUAUUACGUCGCUCGACUUCUCCCGCGUUCGCCCGGCCGAAGUUCCAACAUGGCCGCUAGCUCGGAAGAUAUCAAGGCCAAUGAUGCCAGUGAGAAUAGAAACUCCCAACUCAAGGACUUCUUCUCCCAGCCGGUGACCGCUGCUUUCUGCGCCGGUGGUGUUGCUGGUGCCGUAUCGCGAACCGUCGUAUCUCCUCUCGAGCGCCUGAAAAUUCUCUUUCAGGUGCAAAGCGCCGGCCGCAAUGAAUACAAGCUAUCGGUAGGCAAGGCGCUUGCUAAGAUGUGGAAGGAAGAAGGUUGGAGGGGUUUUAUGGCUGGUAACGGAACCAAUUGCGUUCGCAUCGUCCCUUAUUCCGCAGUGCAGUUCGGCAGCUAUAACCUCUACAAAAGGCACUUCUUCGAGAAGUACCCAAACGCUCCUUUAUCCCCCCUCGAGAGACUUGUGUGUGGCGGCUUAGCGGGCAUCACCUCAGUCUUCUUUACAUAUCCGCUCGAUAUCGUACGGACUCGAUUAUCAAUCCAAUCGGCGUCGUUUGCCGCGCUCAGCAAUACGCCAAAGGACAAGCUCCCGGGUAUGUGGUCUACAAUGGCUGUGAUGUAUAAGCAAGAGGGCGGUGUGCCUGCUUUGUACCGCGGUAUAAUACCUACAAUCGCAGGAGUAGCACCAUACGUAGGGCUGAAUUUCAUGACAUAUGAAUUCGUCCGCAAGUAUCUAACACCUGAGGGUGACCAACACCCCAGCGCAGCACGGAAGCUGCUAGCCGGCGCCGUAUCGGGCGCCGUUGCUCAGACAUGCACUUAUCCAUUUGAUGUCUUGCGGCGAAGAUUUCAAAUCAACACCAUGUCUGGCAUGGGCUACAAAUACAAGUCGAUAGGAGACGCUGUUAGGGUGAUAAUAUCGCAGGAAGGACCAAAGGGCCUAUAUAAGGGUCUCAUUCCGAACUUACUCAAGGUCGCCCCCAGCAUGGCCGCCAACUGGCUUAGCUUCGAAGUCACUCGAGACUUUUUGGUCGGCUUAAAGCCCGAACCAGUGGAUCUAUAACCGAGAAGACGCAUGGCAGUAGCCGGUUCCCUUCAUCCGUACUGGAUUAUAUCCAGAUUGUACUUGACUACCUCCAGAUGUGCACCAUUUAUGCGUGCGGGAUUUCUAGUGGGAUGGCGUUGAUGCACCACGGUAAAGAGCUGCAGCAUGCAGGACAGUGGAUCGGACGCGUUAAACAGGGAAAGGUAGAUAGACAUAGAGAGCACAAAAGACCCUGUUUAGUUAGUAGAGAAGGCUAUGAACUCCGACAGGAUAGACCCCAAACAACAUCAUGUUGUAUAUGUAUACUGAAAGAUGACUACCUGCAUGAGAGGGCGAGGUCACCCUUCUUUUGGAGAUAUGGCUUCAGGGCGAUAGUUACAUAGAAAUAAAAAUCUGAAAUUAAUUAGAAACUGGUCUUAUGUUCAU